AUGUUUUCUUCCCUUCUGGGCCUUACGUUUGGGGUAUUAUGCCUACGAUUUUUGUACCAACGAAUCACCAAUCCACUCACUCACAUACCAGGUCCUGAGAUCUCAAAAUGGACAGACCUCGUGUACAAAUACUACUGGUUCAGCGGAAAAAUUCCCUACUAUGUCCACAGUCUUCAUGAAGAAUAUGGCCCUAUUGUCCGUACAAGUACGACCCAAGUCGACAUUUGCGACAUCGAAGCAGCACGAGAGAUCCACAAGACCAACAGUCGCUACCUGAAAUCCGAGUUCUACAAUGUCCUGGCAGCCAAGAACUUCCAAAAUAUGUUUAGCACAACGGACCCGAAGUUUCAUUCUAAUCGACGACGUCUCUUGGCCACGCCCAUAUCUGACUCCUCGCUCAGCAAACACGAGCCUCUAAUCUCGAGUCUGGUCUAUCUCGCCAUUGACAAGAUAGCUCAAGAAAUGGAAACUCGGGGAGUAGCCGAUGUGUUCAAGUGGUGGCUUUUCAUGGCGACAGAUGUAAUCGGGGAACUGACAUUUGGAGAGUCAUUCCAGAUGCUCCAAAAGGGAGAGAAAAAUCAAUACACCAAAGACCUGGAAAGCUUAGCAAGCUUCCAACCGAUCCGAACCACGUUCCCAAACAUGGUAGACCUUGGCCGACGUCUCCCAUUGCCAAUUUUCAACCGUGCCGGUGCAGCCACAAAUAGAAUGGUCCAGUACGCACUCCAAUCACUACAGCGCUACACAAAACACCUCGAAAGUAACCCUGAGACCGCGAAACAAACACUCUUCACAAAGGUCUUCGAUGAGAAAAACGGUCUUUCGCUACGAGAAAUCUUGUGUGAAGCUCAAGGAUACAUCAUUGCCGGAAGUGAUACGACGGCGGUCACUCUCACAUAUCUUGUGUACUCUGUCUGCAGCGAUGCACGAGUACGAGCAAAACUGGCCGUCGAACUAGCAUCUCUCCCCGAGCCGAUUUCCGAUAAGGACCUUCGGAACUUACCCUACUUGAACCAGGUCAUUAGCGAGACGCUUCGUUUGCAUACUGCUGUUCCUUUUGGAUUACCGCGAGUCGUACCUGAGGGAGGCGUCACGCUGAAGAGGAUGUAUAUUCCUGGUGGAAAGACAGUUUCAACACAGUCGUACAGUCUUCAUCGGGAUCCGGGGAUUUUCGCUGACCCUGAUAGGUUUUAUCCUGAGCGGUGGGAAGAUCCCAGCAAGGAUAUGAAAGAUGCUUCGAUACCAUUUGGGGGUGGAUCGCGCAUUUGUAUUGGGAUUCAUCUAGCUCGUAUUGAGCUUCGAUUAGCGACUGCCUUGUUCUUCCGCCGGUUCCCUCAGGCUAAGAUAUCUUCUAGUGAGGGGAUGUCUAGUGACGACAUGGUUAUGAAGGCGUUCUUCCUAAUGGCUCCCCAAGGGCAUCGGUGCCUGGUAGAGACUUAA